AUGGCUGGAGUCUUCUACUUUUCUCCUGCUUUGCUCUGGGCAGCCCAGAUGCUACUGGCUGGAUGUCAUGCUGCUGCCAGUUUUGAGGCGCUCCAGUGCGAAGGACCAGCCAGCACCCAGGAGAGCAUGUGCCACCCUGAGGAUGACUUGACGGACCCAAAGGAAGUCCGCUUCCAGGUCAAAGGCUACACUUUCAGUGAACCCAUCCACCUGAUUGUGUCCUACGACUGGCUGAUCCUCCAAAGCCCAGCCAAGCCUAUAUUCGAAGGAGACCCUCUGGUUCUGCGCUGCCAGGCCUGGCAAGACUGGCCACUGACCCAGGUCACCUUCUACCGAGACGGCGCAGCCCUUGGCCCCCCUGGACCUAGCAAGGAAAUCUCCAUCACUGUGGCGCAAAAGGCCGACAGCGGGCACUACCACUGCAGCGCUGUCCUCAGGAGCCCUGGUCCCGGGAGCCCAGAGGCGGCGUCUCCUGUGGCUCUCACAGUUCACGAACUGUUUCGAGCCCCAGUUCUCAGAGUCACACCCUCAGCUGAGCCCCAAGAGGGGAAGCCAGUGACCCUGAGCUGUCAGACCAAGCUGCCCCUGCAGAGGUCAGCCGCCCGCCUCCUCUUCUCCUUCUACAAGGAUGGCAGGACAGUGCGCAGCAGGGGCCCCUCUCCAGAAUUCCAGAUCCCCACUGUGUCAGAAGCACAUUCUGGGUCCUACUGGUGUGAAGCAGCCACUGAGGACAAUCAAGUUUGGAAACAGAGCCCCAGGCUGGAGAUCAGGGUGCAGGGUCCCUCCAGCUCUGCCGCACCCACUGCCUUGACUCCAGCUCCUCCUCAGAAAGCAGAUGCUCCAGAAACUACUUCUACAAAGCCCCCUGGGCCACUGCCUCCACUUCCCACCCCUUCUGCUAAGGAUCCAGACUCCUUUUCCCCUCCACAAGGCCCAGACCCUCAUCUGUAUCACCAGAUGCGUGUUCUCCUCAAGCAGAUACAGGAUAUGAGAGUUCUCCUUGGUCACCUGGUCAUAGAGCUGAGGGACUUGUCUAGCCACCUGAAGCUUGAGACCACAAAGGGUCCUGCCAAACAUGAAUAA